AUGGCUGCAACGAAUUUCACCUUGGUGACUGAAUUCUUCCUUAUUGCAUUCAAGGAACACCCUGAAUGGGGCCUUCCUCUCUUCCUGGUAUUUUUGAGUUUCUAUGUGACCACUCUGGUGGGGAAUGCAGGAAUGAUCAUCUUGAUCCGCAGAGACCGCCGGCUCCACACGCCAAUGUACUUCUUCCUUAGCCACCUGUCCUUGGUGGACCUCUGCUACUCCUCUGUCACUGUUCCUCAGAUGCUGGUUGUGCUGUGGGAUCGUGGCACAGUCAUCUCCCAAGCUCGUUGUGCAGCUCAGUUCUUUCUGUUCACCUUCUUUGCUUCCAUUGACUGCUAUCUCUUAGCCAUCAUGGCCUAUGACCGCUAUGCGGCUGUGUGCCAGCCCCUGCUUUACGUCACCAUUGUGACUGAGAAAGCUCGCAUGGGCUUGGUAGCUGGGGCUUAUGGGGCUGGUUUUUCCAGUGCCUUUGUUCGAACGGUCACAGCCUUCACUCUCUCCUUCUGUGGAAACAAUGAGAUCGACUUCAUUUUCUGUGACCUCCCUCCUCUGUUAAAACUCACUUGCGGGGACAGCUCUACCCAGGAAGUGGUGAUUAUUGUGUUUGCCAUUUUUGUCAUGCCAGCUUGCAUCUUGGUGAUCUUGGUGUCCUACGUGUUGAUCAUCAUGAACAUCAUGCAGAUCCGCUCUGCUGGGGGCCGGGCCAAGACCUUCUCCACCUGUGCCUCCCAUCUCACUGCUGUGGCUCUCUUCUUUGGCACCCUCAUCUUCAUGUACCUGAGAGAUAACUCAAGCCAGUCCUCGGAGGGAGACCGAGUAGUGUCUGUGCUCUACACGGUGGUGACCCCAAUGCUGAACCCCUUCAUCUACAGCCUGAGGAACAAGGAGGUGAAAGAGGCUGUUCUGAAAUUGCUGAGCAGAUCAAAGCCUUCUGGGACACCCUAA